AUGGCAACCCCCGCGGCCUAGCCCGGCCUACGGAAACGGAAGCCGGGGCCGGGGCCCUGUCACUCAGGGCAGCCGGGAGCGGUGGGGUGGGGUUGGUUUGAACCGUUGGCUGCUUAGCCUGGUUCCUAGGCUGGCAGCGCUCUUGGCCUCUCCGGGGCAGGGGGUGCCAGGCCUAGCAGUGCCAGGGGGAGGGACGCUCCGUCCCCACUGAGCGGGGGGUGCUGAGCAGGGGCCCCUCCAGCCCGAGACACCCCCCCCGACCAGCAUAGGGACCCCCCAGACCAGGCCUUGUGCUCCCCUCUUCCCCUCCUGUUGCAGCAGCUCCCUGAGCUCCCCCGUUGGGUGCUGUGCAAGCUGUGGGAGCCCCCGGUGAGACCCCCAGAGUGCGGGGCAGCUGUGCCCAAGCCUCGACGUCGUGGACCGCGAGGUUGGCUGUUAAGUGCACAAUGAGUAGUGAAGAGGAAACAUGGGAGAAGUUGGAUGCGGAAUUUGAUCACUAUGUUGUAGAUAUGAAGCCGUUUGUGCUAAAAUUACCACAUAAAUCAGAACGUCAGAGAUGUGCGCUCUGGAUUAAAAAACUCUGCGAGCCCUCAGGAGCAGGUGCAGGAAUUAUGGGUAGAAAGAAUCGGAACUUGUAUGCAAAAUUGUUGCUGCAUAUGCUGAAACGAGGAAUUCUAGAAGGCCCUUUUACACAUAAACCCGAACCUGGAAUACUGAAAACCUUGCCGUCAUAUAUGUCAAUCUAUUUUGAUGAACCAAAUUCAACGAGAGCACAGAGUGGUAGCCCAGAAGCUUUACCUGACUGGGUCAUGGGAGAACUAGGAACAAGUGAAUCGAAAUUGGAGGAAUCAUGGAAAUUCUCUUCUAGAGAGGAGUCAGCUUUGGUAGCAUCACCACUUGCACACAGGGAAAGAUACAAGUAUAAUGGGAAGCUAGCGUUAAGGUCACAUUCUAUGAGUCCACCUCACCGGUCAGAUGAGGACAACUGUGCCAUGCAGAUGCCUGGAGAUCAACACAAAAAACCCAUUUCUUUGGACGACAGUGAUCUUGAAGUUCGUCUCAAUAGUUGGAAUCUUGGGCUAGAAAAUCCAAGAUAUUUGCGAGAGAAGCCCAUACCUCUGUCUCUGAUGACACCCAAAAUGGGCUUGGGAAAAAUUAGCACGUUUCGGGAUGAACAGUCACUGUUUCGCAUGCACGAAAAAGAGCUGGAGAUGAAAACAAAAAUAAUGGAAGCUAAAUUUCAUGAAGAAAAGCUUAAAUUACAGCAGAAGCAUGAUGCUGAUGUUCAGAAGAUUUUGGAUAGAAAGAAUAAUGAAACUGAGGUAUUGAAGACCCUCUACAAAACUAAACAGAAUGAAGCUGAGGAGACUAUUAGGAAGCUAGAGAAGAAAGUUCAAACCCUUGUUCGCGAGUCACAAGUUGUCAGAGAGACUAAGGAAAAGCAGAUUAUGGAGUUAAAGAAGUUGUGUGAGCAAAGCACAGAUUCUUUGAACAAUGACUGGGAGAAAAGGCUCCACAAUACUGUGGCAGAAAUGGAAAAGGAAAAAUUUGAUCUUCAGAAGAAACACACAGAAAAUAUCCAAGAACUGCUUGAGGACACAAAUGCACGUCUUAGUAAAAUGGAGACAGAGUACUUGGCACAGACAAAGGCAACUAACCAGAUGGUCAAAGAACUGGAGGCCCGUGUCCAGCAGCUGACUGUAGAGGCUGAAAGUAGUAAUUUACAGCGUCAGAAAUUAUCUCAAGAAAAGACUGAUCUAGAGCAAUGCUACCAAGCAGUAUGCACUGAACUGCAGGAGGUGAAAUCAAGGUGCAACUCCCUUCAGAAAGAGAAGGAUCGCAUAAUACAAGAUUAUGGACAGAAUAUUCAACAACAACAAAACAAAUAUGAUAUUGACAUAAAUUUUAUGAAACAGGAACAUGCUCUCUCAGCAGCUAAGGCAUCUGAUGUGAUUGAAGAAUUAGAACAGAGUGUGUCUGAAUUAAAACAACAGUUACAAGAAUCAGAACAUCAAAGGCAGCAACAGCUGAGGGAUCAAGAACACAAAUUUCAACAGGAAAAACUUCAUUUAGAGCGGAUUCAUGAAAAAAAGAUUCAUGGCUUCCAAAAUGACCUUGAUAAAGAGAGAGGGGAUGCUCAAAAGAAAAUUCGCAAACUGGAAGAGGCUUUGAAGGAGAAGGAGGAGCAGCUGACUCGGGUGACAGAGGUACAGAGGCUGCAGGCCCAGCAGGCAGAUGCUGCCCUGGAGGAGUUUAAGCGGCAGGUGGAGCUGAACUCAGAAAAAGUCUAUGCUGAAGUGAAACAGCAGAUGGAAAAGGUGGAAUCAGAUCUAAGCAGAUCAAAAUCUCUCCGUGAAAAGCAGUCAAAAGAAUUCUCUUGGCAGUUGGAAGAACUCAAACAAAGAUAUGAGCAACAGAUAGUAGAGCUGAAGCUGGAGCAUGAACAGGAGAAGACGCACCUAUUCCAGCAGCACAACACAGAGAAGGAUUGCCUGGUCCGAGAUCACGAACGGGAAAUUGAAAAACUGGAAAAACAGCUCCGCGCUGCCAUGACGGAGCACGAGAAUAAAACGCAAGAAUGCAGGAAACGAGAUGCACAGAUUAUCCAUGAUAUGGAGGCCCAAAUCCACAAGCUGAGAGAAGAGCUUAUUCAGGUAAAUGCUCAGCGGAAGCAACAGUUGGUAGAGCUUAGCCUUCUGCGGGAAGAAGAAAAGCAGAGGGCUGCUCGGGAUCACGAGACUGCAGUGAAUAAGCUUAAAGCAGAGUCGGAAAAGAUGGCCUUAGACCUGAAAAGGACACAUGCUGCAGAGACAGAGAUGACAUUGGAAAAGGCCAACAGCAGGUUGAAGCAGAUUGAAAAGGAAUACAGUCAGAAGUUGGCCAAAUCUUCACAGAUUGUAGCUGAACUUAAGACAACCAUUUCCUCUCUGACAGAGGAAAGCAACCGGCAGCAGCUUGCUGCAGAAAGGCGGCUCCAGGAUGUUGUACAAAAGUUUGAAGAUGAGAAGCAGCAGAUGAUUAGAGAUAAUGACAGAGCAAUCAAGGCUUUACAAGAUGAAAUGGAAAAUUAUUGCAAUCAGGUACGGUCUACAGAAAAGAAGCUGCAGCAUAAGGAGUUGGAGACACAGGAACAGGUGACAUACAUACGACAAGAAUAUGAAACCAAACUCAAAGGUCUGAUGCCAGCAUCUUUGAGAAAGGAACUCGAAGACACCAUUGCAUCUUUAAAAUCUCAGGUAAACUUUCUGCAGAAGAGAGCAUCUGUCCUACAAGAAGAACUGAAUGUGUACCACACCAGAAGGUAA